CAAAAAAUGUGGUAUUAGGCUAUAGGGGUGGUCUGUGCGGCCCAUGAGACAUUGAUAUUGGCCGAACUUGCAAGAUCGUGCUCGUGUAUGCCGUCAAGAGGCAGCUGGAUAUUACCUGAAGUAGAGUUAGUAGGUGCGGUCAGCAAGCCAGUUUCAGGAUGCCGACAGUGAUUGGGCUGGAUGUGUCUCUGUCAAUGAGUCAGCUGGUUCCCCAACCGGAUCGUACGGAGGACCCACCCACAGUUCGUCAGCUGGCAAUCAAAGGCAUUCAUGCUCUGCUGAAUCACAUUCACCACAACUGCAAACUGGAGUUUGCUGCAGUGGCAGUGUACAGCUCCAGGUACGAGGUGCUGGGCUCGUUCACGCGCGACUUUGACCAGCUGAAGAGCCAGCUGUCCUCGUUGGCCGAGUACGACAAGUCCUGUGUCGAGACGGCGCUGCUCGGCGUCAAUGCCGUGGUAGCCGAGGAGUGGGGCAGCGGCACUGCCUGCCAGGUGAUCAUCAUCACGGACGGUAGCAUGGGCGUGGGCGAAUCGUCGCUGCGCCACCUGUCGGCCGGCGGCCGGCUGCCGCUGCCCUUCUCGUUCCCCUGUCGGCUGGACGUGGUGCUGCUGGGCGAGCGGGCCGAGCUGGAGCGCCGCGGCGCGCCGGCCGCCUUCCAGCGACUGGUCGAGCUCAGCGGUGGCGAGGGCGCGGUGCACACGCCCGAGCCGCCCCUCUCGGCCAAGUCGACGCUGGCGCUGUUCCGCAAGCUGGCCGAGACCAAUUACGCGCCGUUCAGUGGCGUGCUGCACUGCGGCAGCCUGUCGUCGCCGGUGACGCUCUGUCCGCCGCCCCAGACCUACAACCGGAUGCGCGACUUCGAGGCCGUGAAGCGGACCGUGUCGGCCGACCUGAAGAUCUGCGGCUUCCUGUCGGUGGUGGAUGUGGCCAGUCCGCCGGCCUACUCCCGACACCUGGUGCUGCCGGCGCCGCUAGACGCGGACGACGUGUCGGCGGUGCCCUGCUCGGAGGACGACGAGGCGGUCCGGACACCCUGCUUCUGUGUCCUGCUGCACGGCGGCCUCAAGCGUGAGAACGCAGCAGCCCUUGUCAACGUGGGUGAUGACUGGUACGGCAUCGUCUACUCCUGGGCUGACAGCAAGAAGAAGGCCAACCUCAUGCUGUCGCUUUUCGAACCAGGGACGAGCGUGCUGCCGUGGCUGGGCGACUUCACGAACCUGGGGCCCGCCGCCGCCGGCGUCGCCUCGCCCUUCCCCAUCAAAGUGUCGCGCAAGCGCAGCUAUCAGCAGACGUGCGUCACCUGGAUCAAGCAGUCGGGCCUGCAUUCGGACGUGCAGAAGGUGCUGCGCCACGCCAGGAAACUGCCCGAGAAAACGCAGCACUUCUACAAGGAGCUGAACCGCGUGCGCAGCGCAGCGCUGGCGUUCGGCUUCCACGAGGCGCUGGAGAGCGUGGCGUGUAUUCUGGAGCGCGAGUGCACGCUGCUGCCGGGCAACGCGCACCCGGACUGUGCACUGCAGCUGACGCACGCGGCCACGGCGCUGCGCCUCCCCGAGCACCGGCUGCCAGCCAAGCCGGUGCAGCCGCUCUGGACCCGCUUCCAGACCGACGGCUGAGGCCGCCGGCGGCCCAGCUGGAGACGGCCGGCUGGCAGCGUCCCCAGCACGACUGGAGAGGUGGGCCUGCGCGCGCUGAGCGGGGCCGCGGCAGGCCAGCGUUUGAGCCCCCUCAUCCCUGCCCCGGACUGCACUGGCUACGUGCAGAGAAGGGUCAGAUCGUACUGGAAACUGGCAGGGAUUGUGCAGUCUUUUGAGAGCAGCGAGCCCCGCUCCCCCGCCGCUGUAGAGGCUGAUGCGCUGAGAAGGCGCCUCAGACUGGAGCGGCCCUGUGGCUGCUGACCCCAGACAGGUACUGUGAUUUCGAGCCGUGUCGUGCUCGCGCGCCUCUGACACACACGCCACUCCCGCCUGCGUGCUGUCGAAGAAGACUGAACAUUGGACUCCUGCCACAAUCAUAUCAUGUCUAUUCUGAUGGGAACGUGUUGUCGGAGAACGUGCAGGGAAGGUAUCCGGUGGUUGUCAUAAAAGCGUGUCAUUUUUCAUUGCUGUGUUCAUCCAUCAUUUGCAAUAAAAGUACUGCUGACAGUCAGUUUGAUUUCGCUCAUUGUAGAAGCGCACAGUUCCAUUGUGUUUUGUCCGGUUCGGUCUCUGGUAUCUUUUUGAAAGGUGUCAAAUACACACGUUUAGCAGCACAUUCAUAAUUUAGAGGUUAUGGCACAAAAUGGAUCAUUAUGUACCAUUUAUACUCCAUUAACCUUAAAUUUACCAUUACAAUACCAUUACAAUACAAAAAAACCAUUAACCUUAAAUUAAAAAUAAAUUAAAAACCAUUAAAAAUGUGAACUGUGGAGGUGCCGCGGCAUCGGCUCAUUUGGGAAAAGUUACCAAGGCAAACAGGAUGGAAACGGAACCACACUGAUGAGACUGGAGCUUACACACUGAGCUGAAUACACUGAUCGGCCCAGUCGUUACUUGCUCGAUCCACUUUUCUCGCUGUCUCGUUUAUCCUUGAGCUUGUUGAAGUACUCGAGCGCGAAGUCCAGUAUGUCGGGCGGCUGGUGCAGCAGCACGUUCAGCGUGAACUCCAGCAGCACCUCCCGCAGCUGAGGAGGGGCCGCCUGCAGCUCCAGGCCCAUGCGAUCGGAGCUGCUCAUCAC